AGGGCUCCUCCAUGGUGGGCGUGGCCAUAGGGAUGGACCCAGGGCUGCGUUCUGCGGUUGAUACCGCCUCUCUGGCUGAGGACUACGUGUCUCCACCCAAGUACAAGAGCAGCCUGCUGCACCGCUACCUGAACGACUCUCUGCGGCAUGUGAUGGUGGCCAACGUCGUCAUGGAUGCUCGCAAGAGGAACCACUCUGGCUCCUUUAGCUCCAACGAGUAUGACGACGAGCUGCUGUCGCCAUCCUCCUCUGAAGCCGAGGCCAACUUGGUUUAUGGAGCCGAAACCACAGAGCAUGGAUCCAGGAAACGUGAUCACAGCAACGGUGGCGUCGCAGCUACGCAGGAGGAGAAGGUGAAGGCCAAAGAUGAGACGCAGUGGAAGGAGAUCAACGCCGCCGUGGCCUUGACGAACUUGGCCCAGGGGAAGGACAGCGUCUCUGGAACAACCAGCUGCAUCAUCCAGAAGUCCUCUCAUAUCGCCGAGGUGAAGACGGUUAAAAAAGCUGCGGCUGAACUCUUAGCUCUGACGUUCUCCUCACAUCCGGCCGUAACAAGCAGCAAACAUUCCUCUUUUCUUAUCAAACCUGAUGACGUGAAACCCAACGCCUCUUUAAACAAAGAGAACUGUUUCUUUAGGAGAGAAAAGGGUUUGUUUAAAACUGAAGAAGAAAUCAUUUGGUCUCAUUAAGAUUCCUUUGAGUAGCACCCCCUCACAUUACCAAUGCCUUAACUUUCCCUUUCUUGUACCAAGAAAUAUAUUUUUAAUCUAACCCUUUUUUAUUAUAAUUAUUUUAUAUAUAAAUGUGUUGUAUUUUCAUAAGUGAUUUUUUUAAACAGAACAGCUUGCUGAAUUUGAGCUACAUAGAAUCAUCUCUGCUCAAAUCCUCCUGCUUCAAUAAUGAGAGCUGAGGGUUGAGAUUCAAAAUGGCCUCAUUUUUGUAGAAAAUACUUUUCUUAACGGUGCUUAUGUUAUAAAUGUUUUCACAGUUGUAAAAAAGAAGUCACAUCCCUGGGAGAAAGUGAAGUUGGCCUGCUGUGCUAACUUUUAAUUUAAUAUGUCUCUGAGGUACUCUUUAUAUGUUUUGAAACCUAAAGUGCUUCAGGAAUUGCUCAGUUUGGGUUUUACGACAUUCAGACUCUUAUGGUCAAGGACUCUGCAAGAGAGUGAAGCUGUGCAGUAACUAUUUUUUUUUUUUUACAUGUCUUGAAUGUUUAACAGAAAUCUGCACUUAAAGUUCAUGAAAUGAAGGACAACCUUGCAUUAUUGCAGUUAGUGUUCCUAUAGAAGUAGAAGGAAAUGAGUCAAAGUUUCCAAUCCUCAGGCUCUGCUGGCUGCUUGUGCAAUGAGGCUGCUGGCCUCCUACAGGUGAUUUUAUUCAUCAGAUUCUGACAGGGUACCGGCUGGGAAGAACUAGAUCCGUGCCUUGUCUCUAAACCUCUGUGCCGCUCAUUUUCAUUCACUUUUCACACACUAGCUACAUGCUGGGAGGAGGCAAAGAGACUGUGAGUCUUUGUUGCCUCUGCUGCAACAACAGACCUGUCACAAUACGUUCACACCGGAAGCAGCAGGAGCAGCAAAAUCGCGUCUGCUGCUUCAUUUUUGUUGCUUAUACCAGUUUAGUUCUGACGCGCGGCUGAAGCAGCUUUGCUGCGUUGGGCGGAGCUACCCUAUCCUUUCUUUGCC